AACCAAAACCAACCCUUCUUUCCUUAUUCACACACAAACAAUGGCUUCUAAUCUUUUAAUCCUCACUCUCAUCUUCUUCAUUUCUUCAUUGUCUUCAACUGCAACAACCAACCCUUCUUCCCUCUCAUCAUCACAUGUUUCUCAUGCUUUGAAAAAAACCGGUCACAAGAUGAUCAAUGAACUCAAUUUGCACCCGAAUCGUGAAGUCAACAUCUUAAAGUCAAACGCCGAUUCUUUGGACGAUGAACUUAAAGUUUCUGAAUCCGGACUUGCUGAGAAACGGUUAUCGUUAUCGGUGCUUGGCGAUUCUGGUGCAACCGUUGCAGACCUGGCUCAACACGCGGGAUAUUUUCGUCUCCAACAUACAAUAGAUGCAAGGAUGUUCUACUUUUUCUUUGAAUCAAGAAAAGCCAAAGCUGACCCGGUGGUCAUAUGGCUAACCGGAGGACCAGGGUGCGGUAGUGAGUUGGCUUUGUUUUACGAAAAUGGUCCUUUUAAGCUAACCAACAACUUGUCUCUUAUCUGGAAUGAUUAUGGUUGGGAUAAGGUUUCCAACAUUAUUUUUGUUGACCAACCAACCGGGACUGGCUUUAGUUAUAGUUCUAGCGAUCAAGAUAUUCGCCACGAUGAACAUGGCGUUAGCAACGAUCUCUACAACUUCUUACAGGCAUUCUUCAAGGCCCAUCCUGAUUACAUCGAUAACGAUUUCUACAUCACGGGAGAAUCAUAUGCCGGACACUAUAUUCCAGCUUUUGCUGCUCGGGUUAACCGUGGAAACAAGAACAAAGAAGGGAUUCAUAUAAACUUAAAGGGAUUUGGAAUCGGAAAUGGGCUAACCCACCCUGGAAUCCAGUAUCAAGCCUACACAGAUUAUGCUUUGGCUAAUAAUCUGAUCUCAAAAUCAGAUUACAACCAAAUAAACCAAAGACUUCCAGCUUGUGAACAAGCAAUCGAACAAUGUGGUGCAACAGGUUCAGACAUGUGUCAACCUGCUUAUAGCUUUUGCCAGCAAAUUUUUGAGGAUAUACUAUCAUUAACUGACAACGUAAAUUACUAUGAUAUAAGGAAGAAAUGUGAUGGGAGCUUGUGUUAUGACUUCUCAAACUUGGAAAACUUUUUAAGCAAAUCAUCGGUUAAAAAAGCAUUAGGGGUACCAAGCAGUCUAGAUUAUGUUUCAUGUAGUGAUUUAGUGUUCCGGUCUAUGCUUAAUGAUUGGAUGAGAAAUCUUGAAGUUGAGAUUCCAGCGCUAUUGGAAGACAAGAUUCAAUUGCUUGUGUAUGCAGGAGAAUAUGAUCUUAUUUGUAACUGGCUCGGGAAUUCGAGAUGGGUUCAUGCCAUGUCAUGGUCUGAUCAAAAAGAUUUUAUUUCAGCUUUAAAUGUUUCGUUUAUAGUCGAUGGAAAAGAAGCUGGCAUUUUAAAGAAUCAUGGGCCUUUGACUUUUAUUAAGGUUCAUAACGCUGGACACAUGGUUCCUAUGGAUCAACCAAGGGCUGCAUUAAAGAUGUUGGAGUUGUGGACCACAGGGAAGCUACUUCAACCCAACAAGGGUGUGGGUGCGGGUGCGGGUGCACCUGUUUGAUUGUUUUGUAGAUACUCAAGAAAAUAAAAAUUAUAAAAAGCUUCCGUUUCGUUAUAAAGAUCCAUGUACUGUAGAAGAUAUUUGCAUUAUAUGUGUAUAUGAAAGCAAGAAAGAAAGAUAGAAAAAAGUUAAAACUUUA